UCUCAUCUUCCUUAAAACCUCGCAUCAGGUCCCUCGGAAAAACCUCUUCUCUCUCUCCCAGCUCUCUAAAACCUUAACCUAAUCUCUCCCGCGCUCUCUCUCUCUCUAGAUUCAGACAUAUAUAUCUAUAUCUCUUAUGGCUUCUACUGCUGCUGUUGCUGUUGCUACCGAACCUGCCGAGAACGGGUCAGCAAAGGCGCCAGGAUCUGACCAACUAAACGAUACAACUGACGCCACUGCAACCGCCACAACAACCACAGCCACCACCGCCGCGGAGUCGGAGCCAGCAACCGAGAAUCCUCCUACAUCCGAGUCAGCUCCGGUAGAAACGGCCACCCAGGAUCCGGCGACGACGGUCACCGACAAGAAGUGGCCAGGAUGGCCCGGGGACUGCGUGUUUCGGCUCAUCGUGCCGGUCCUAAAGGUCGGAAGUAUUAUUGGCCGGAAGGGUGAACUGAUAAAGAAAAUGUGCGAGGAGACUCGCGCCCGCAUUCGUGUCCUCGACGCCCCUGUCGGCACUCCCGAUCGCAUUGUCCUAAUAUCUGGAAAGGAAGAACUGGAGGCUCCAUUGUCCCCUGCAAUGGAUGCUACCAUAAAAGUAUUUAAACGUGUCAGUGGAUUACCUGAGAGUGAGAGCGAUGGUAAAGCAUCUGGUGUUGCUGGGGUUGCGUUUUGUUCAAUCAGGUUACUGGUGGCAUCUGCACAAGCCAUUAAUUUAAUAGGCAAGCAAGGCUCUAUAAUUAAGUCAAUACAAGAGAGCACUGGUGCCUCUGUUCGGGUUCUCUCAAAUGAUGAAUUGCCAAUCUAUGCCAACUCAGAUGAGAGAAUUGUGGAGUUGCAGGGAGAAGCUCUCAAGGUUCUUAAAGCUCUAGAAGCUGUGGUUGGAAACCUAAGGAAGUUCUUGGUGGAUCAUAGUGUUAUUCCAUUAUUUGAAAAAAGUAACAAUACAACAGUUCAACAAGAUCGACAAGUAGAGACCUGGUCUGACAAACCAUUGCUGCAUACUUCUUCUCAAAGUGGAAUUGGUAGUGAUUAUUCUCUUCCAGGAAAGCGGGAUUCUCUGUAUCUUGACCGUGAAACCCAGAUGGAAUCACAAAUCCAUUCCUCUGGGCUUUCACUUUAUUCUCAAGAUCCUGGUCUAUCUGGAAUGCGAUCUUCAGGACUUACUCGUGCUGCUGGUCCUAUUGUAACCCAGAUUGCGCAGACAAUGCAAAUACCACUCACUUAUGCUGAGGACAUCAUUGGGAUUGGAGGGUCAAAUAUUGCAUACAUUCGACGUACUAGUGGCGCCAUCCUCACCGUGCAGGAGAGUAGAGGCCUACCUGAUGAAAUUACUGUGGAAAUUAAGGGGACUUCAUCACAGGUUCAGACAGCUCAGCAACUUAUUCAGGAAUCAAUCGGCGGCCACAGAGAGCCUGUUGCUAGCAGCUAUGGCAAUACUGACACUGGUUUGAGGUCUUCCUACUCUCAGUUGGGUGGCAGCUCUUAUUCCUCAUCUUCCUUGUCAGGACAACCUUAUGGUGGGUAUGGAUCGUCUGGUAUGGGAGGAUAUGGUAGUUACAGAUUCUGAAUCAAUAACCCUAUGACUCAUCUUCUUCCAAUCAUUUCAUCAAAUUACUGUCAGAGAAUAGUAUGUGUAAAGCUUCUGCAGCAGAUGGUUUAUACUUUGUUUAUCUGAGAUGCAUUUUGAAUCUUAUGUGAACUAAUUUUAUUCUGGUGGUUAGCCAUUAAAGCACCCCUCCCUCCCCGAAAAAAGAAAAAAAAAAAAAGAGAGAGUAGAAGUUGUAGUAGUGGUUUUUAUAUUUUCUGAUAUGCAUGGUUUAUGUUUAACCUAGUAGUUUCAUGAGGUGGUUGUUAUGAUCACUAGACUUUUUCUCCUUGUAAAAGCAAUUCCCUGGAUUUUAAUUUUUAACCUAGUAGAGCUUCGUGGAAACGAAUGGAAGAUUGCUAAAAA